AUGAAGAAGCGCGAGAGUGCUACUUAUGAACUUUACCCCUGGCACAAAGAAGUGUCACAAGAUUCCCAAGGUCUUCAAAAUAUCAGUAUGCAUGAGAUUAGGUGGGCUAAAGCAGCAAAUCGACUUGUUGACAAGGUCGAAGAUGAUGUGAUAACAUCAGGAAGCAUUAAAGAUCAGCUUCUGUUGAAAGUCAUGGAUGAUUUCACAGCAAGAGCAAGAAAGCUUGAAGAUGAAUUUUUGCAGUUGGACAAGAGAGUAUCAGUUUUGGACUUGGUCAUGGAAUGUCAAAAUCUAGAGAAGUUUUCAGUGAUCAAUCGUUUUGCUAAAUUCCAUGAUCAAAGGCAGGAGAAGCUCUACCUCUACCUCUCCGCAGCCGACGAGGCUGUCAGCGCUGUUCUUAUCCGGGAUGAGGGCACCCAAGUGCCAGUCUACUACGUCAGCCGAGCUCUCCGCGGGCCGGAGACUCGAUACACUCAAGUGGAAAAACUGGUGCUGGGGCUAGUCCACGUAGCUCGGCGAUUGAAGCCCUACUUCCUUGCUCAUCCCAUCUCCGUCAGGACCGACCAGCCCAUUCGGCAAAUAUUGGUGCGACCCGAGGCUUCCGGUCGCCUUACCAAGUGGGCUGUCGAGUUGGGAGAAUAUGACCUGUCAUAUGAGCUCCGCACCGCCAUAAAAGCUCAAGCCCUAGCUGAUUUCCUGGCCGAGUUGACCUUCACGGAAGGUCCAGAGUCCACCUCCGCCAGUGUCGAGGUGUCCACCCCUUCCCCGUGGACGCUGUACGUAGACGGGUCCUCUAAUGGGGAUGGCAGCGGAGCUGGACUGCUCCUGGAAAGACCUCAGGGAGAAGUGUGCUCUUACGCCCUCCGCUUUGGCUUCCCAGCCACCAAUAAUGAAGCCGAGUACGAGGCCUUAAUUGCUGGACUCCAGCUGGCCCGCAGGCUCGGCGCCCAGCAAAUUCACGUCCGCAGUGACUCCCAACUCGUUGUACGCCAAGUUCUUGGUGAAUACGAGGCCAAGGAUGAGACCAUGCAACGGUACCUCUCCAAAGUUCACCAACUCACCGCGUACUUCGAGUCUUUCGAAAUCCAAAGAAUACCCCGGUCCCAGAAUAAGCGAGCCGACGCUUUAUCCCGGCUGGCUUCCACAUCAUUCUCUGACCUCAACAAAACAGUCUUAGUGGAAGUCCUAAGUGAACCAGGAUACGUGGAAGAGGUGGCCUGCCCCGUGCACUCUGAAGAAACCUGGAUGACCCCGUUCAUCCUUUUCUUGGGUCAAGGAGCCCUCCCCGAAGACCGAGCCGAGGCGAGAAAAAUACAACGCAAGGCGGCUCGGUACGCUCUCCGCGAUGGAGAGCUGUACAAACGCUCCUACCUCGGCCCAUGGCUGAGGUGUGUCACUCCCGAGACAGGACGCCACGUCCUCCACGAGAUCCACGAAGGCUUGUGUGGAGCUCAUGUCGGCCACAGAAUGCUAGCCAAGAAGGCUUUGCUUCUUGGAUAUUUCUGGCCCUCAGUUCGGCAAGACGCCCAGGACCUCGUUCUCGGCUGCCCUUCCUGCCAAGUCCACGCACCCGAGAAUCACCAGCCCGCAAACUUCAUGGUUCCCAUCACUUCACCUUGGCCGUUUGAGCAAUGGGGGACAGACAUCAUAGGUCCUUUCCCCAGAGCCGUCGGGGGUUAUACCUUCCUGGUAACCGCUGUGGAUUACUUCACCAAGUGGGUUGAGGCCGAGCCUCUGAGGACCAUCACCGGGCUGGCAAUUCAAAAAUUCUUUUGGAAAUGA